CACGCCCUUAUUGUCUCUCGCCGCCCUUCUCUCUUAUUGUUCUCGCCUUUACGGGAUCCCGCCACGUUCACUCUGGCCUGCCUGCCCGCCCUCGGGAUCCACUACGAUGCCUCCGAUUAGAGUUUACAGUCCACCCCGCCGCAGAUCAUCAACAGCCAGUGGUGUCACCACUGUCCGGGCUGGGUCCUAUGGCUUCCGCUCACCGUCGCCACCAGCACUCAACAUCUCCCAACGACCCGUCCAAUUCGCGCCAAAUGUAACGCCGGGAACGUACCUCGCGCCCUCUCCGAGCCCCGAAGCCGACCGCCUCUCAUCACACUCGCCAGUCCAGCCACUUUUCCCGCCAGCGUCGACGCCAUCGGACGCUGCGCCACGCCAGAAGAGACGGCAACCACCGGGCAAACGCCUUUCGCAAGGCUACAUCCCGCGGCCGCCGAACGCGUUCAUGUUGUUCAGAGCAGCGUUCGUGACGCAGAAGCACGUCCCCGGUUCAAUUGAGACGAGCCAUGGAUCGCUAUCGAAGAUCAUCGGCAACUGCUGGCGCGCGCUCCCUCUUGAAGAGAGAGCGAUCUGGGAAAAGAAAGCGAAGGAAGAGAAAAUAGAGCACGCGAUAAAGUACCCUGGCUACCGCUUCAAGCCCGUGCACAAGAAGCACAAGAAACGGGACGAACCCAAGAAGCCAAAGGCCACCGACCUCGAGGAGCGCCGCUGCGAGGAAGUGGCGCAGCUCUUGCUAGAAGGCAAGAAAGGGGAGGAGCUCGCAAAAGCCGUCCGCGAGCUCGACGCCAAGUACCAGUCGCGCAAGCCGUCUUUCCGGGAGCCGCAACUACAGCCUCCGCCACAACCACAACCUCAAGCACAGCAGUACAACCCCCACGCGUGCUAUCACCCCUCUCAGUUCUCCCAGCUCCCGCGCCGGUCUUCCUCGGUGCCGCCGCCAACCACGAUCGCCCUCCCGGCCGCGCCCUUCCUCUCCAUCUCGCGCGGCCACUCCCCCGUCCCGUCCAUCAGCUCUGUCUCCAUCGCGCGCUCUAACCGCGUCUCGCCACCCAGUAACACUUUCGACACCGACGCCCUCAACGCAGGGAACUACCUCCACCAACGCCGCGCCUCGACCGCGCCCCCGAUGGACCUUGGCCUCGAGGUCGACGCCGACGGCAUCGCGAGCCUCCCGUGGCCCAUGGGACCGAGCGACUUCAGCUACCGCGAGACGUACCUGCGCUACCAGGAGCUCCUCCAGCACGGCUACCACGGCCAGUACGGCUGGCGCUACUCGCAGACGCAGAUGCAGGAGCAGCCGAUGUAUCAGGACUGGAUGCCUGAGCCGCAGUAUGAUAACCGCGAGCCGAGCCCGGUGCCGGAGGUCAAUACGGCGCUGUGGGAGCCUGGGUGGUCGUUGCAGUGUGAUCAGAAGCCUCAGCCCGUCCAGAACCAGGCGCCCACCGAGAGGCGGGAUAGCUUCGAUAUGACACACGUGCUGAAGUACCUCCCAGACAAGCAGGGCCCGUCCGAAGAGCCCGCGUCCGCCUCCAGCUCGGCCUCAUACCAGUACCCCUCGCCCUGGGCCGCGCAGCAAAACCAGUCCGGGCCCUCCUCGCACUACUCCUCCUCGCCCGCGCCCUCCACCGUCGACUCGAUGGAGGCCAACUGGGCCGCGCAGUCCUCGGGCAACUCUCCCGCCUCCAUGUCCUGCACGCUCUCGCAGGCGCAGGUGUCCCCUGUGUCCGUGCACGCGCCCCGGCCGCAGCAGGCGUGGGGCCUCGGGCUGGACUUCUCGCAGCAGCAACAGGUGCAGCAGGCGGAGUACGUCGAGGUAAGCCCGUACGAUAUGGCACCCGCGCCGCAGGAGGGCUAUGACGCGAGCCAGGAGGGAUAUGCGUUCCCCGCGCCGAAGACCGAGCCGCAGCCAGAGAGCCCGCUGUUGCAGGGCUACGUGUCGCCCGUCGAUCUCACGCAACAGCAACACCAGCAACAGAUGUACGACUGCUACGCCCAGGCUGUGCACGCGGACCCGAACUCCGUCGCGUCGGGCACUGUGGUGUACGAAGAAUAUCACGACAUCAUCCACGACAACGUCUACUAAGAGCCGUCUACAUCGCAUCCGAAUUGCAUCUCAUUUCUUGCCUCCAUCAUCCUAGCCCUAGCACCGGAUUUUAAUCAGCGCAGAGACAAUCAGUUAUCGUCGUGGCGUCCUUAUACAGCGGCCCACUUUAUUUUGGAAUGGGGUUAAAGAUAUAACUAUCUAUUCUGUCCGUGUCGUUGUCCGGGGGUGUUUUCUGAACGCGCUCCCGAGACGCUACUGUAGCACUAGCUAUACCUGCAUCGCUUCUUGUCGUCUGUAGCAUUGUAUCAUAGCUCUAUAUGUUAUCCAAUAGAUCAUAUGCUUGUCCCUCG